AUUUUACUCAAUCAAAAUAUCAGAAGAAUAGAUGAAGCAGCAUUUUUUAACCGUGAUGAUUUACAUACAAUAGAUAUCCCAAAUUCGGUUACUUCUUUGGGAGAUUUUUGUUUUGCAUAUUGUCGAAGACUUGGUCAAGUUGUGAUUGGAGAAGGAGUUGAUGUCAUUCCAUAUGGCUGUUUUCAAAGAUGCAAAUUUUUGAUGAAAUCAAGAAUUUUUAUUAAAGGAAAUAACGUGAAAUAUAUGAGAAAAUGCUUCGAUGGUAUACGACCAAAUUUGACUCCAAAUGAAAGAUUGAGAUAUCAACCUUUAUUCAAUUCAAGAAAAGAAUUGGAUUGGUAA